AUGUCUUCUGAAAAUUAUAACGAGAAGACAGUGGGGGAGAAGGAUUACAACCUCACCUCCCAAGGUUCUGAAAAUGCAACCAAAGAAGAAUACUCCCAGCUCGAUGAAAGCUACAGACAUCAAUUGUAUGUCAAGUUAGGGCAUGCUCAUUUGGAAGAUGACUCUGCUAUUCCAGAAAUCGAAUACCUUUUCCAGAAGAUUGAAGAGAUGUCUGUGAGCCAGGCCAUCGCAUUGUUGAAAGAGAGUCUUAUUGAACAUGAUGAUGACCCAAAUUUCCCUUUGGAGGAUUAUGCCACUAUCGAAAGUUUGGUCCAAGGUUCUGACGCUAACCCUGAAAUCUCUGAAGAAGAAUGGACUUUCCAAGUCAAGAUGUUCGCUUCUUUGAAAGAAUAUUUCUCUCCAUACCCUGAAGUCAGAGCUAUUUCUUCACCACUUGAUGAUCCAGAAAUGCCUUGUGAAACCAUCAGAGCUUAUUUCUUGGGGUUCAUUUGGACUGCCAUCAGUACUUUCCUCAACGAAUUCUUCUCUCACAGACAACCAAGUAUUACUUUGACCGCCUCUGUUUGUCAAAUUUUCUUGUAUCCUUGUGGUAAGGUUCUUGAAUUGAUCUUGCCUGAUUGGGGUUUCACAAUGUUUGGCAGUAGACACUCCUUGAACCCAGGACCUUGGAAUUACAAGGAACAGAUGUUUGCUACUAUUAUUUUUGACGUUGCCAUCGGAGGUGUGUACGUUUCCUCUAACAUUUAUGUGCAAAAGUUGGAUGUCUAUUAUGGAAGUAAGUGGGUCAGUGUUGGUUACCAAGUCUUCCUUGCCCUUUCGACACAAUUUUUAGGUUUCGGUUUGGCUGGUAUCUUGAGAGAGAUUGUCGUUUAUCCAUCUAGAGCGGUCUGGCCUUCUCUUUUGCCAACCUUGGCCCUUAAUCAAGCUUUAUUAAGACCAGAAAGAAAGGAAAUCAUCAGUGGCUGGAAAAUCUCUCGUUAUAACUUUUUCUUCAUUUUCUUUGUGUUCUCGUUUGUUUAUUUCUGGUUCCCUGACUACAUCUUCCAAGCUUUGUCUACUUUUAACUGGAUGACCUGGAUCAAACCAGAUAACUUCAACUUGGCUAUGGUGACCGGUGGUGUCUCAGGUCUCGGUUUAAAUCCUUGGGCUACCUUCGAUUGGAAUAUGUUUAGUUAUAGCACCCCAUUGGCCAUUCCAUUUUUCACUCAGGCUAACCAAUUGAUUGGUAUGUUCAUUGCUUUCUUUAUCAUUCUUGGUCUCUAUUAUUCCAACUAUAAGUGGACAGCUUACUUGCCAAUUAAUUCCAAUCAAAUUUUCGCUAAUAGUGGUGACACUUAUGAUGUUCAAGAAAUUCUCACUAAUGGAUUGUUUGAUAAAUCCAAGUAUGAAACAUAUGGUCCUCCAUACUAUACGGCAGGUAACCUUGUUGUUUACGGUGCGUUCUUUGCCAUCUAUCCUUUCUCAAUCAUUUAUACUACCUACACUGAAUGGGGCAGUAUUCGUGGUGCUCUCUCGCCGCUCAAGAAAUUAUUUUCCGACACUAAAUCUUUCAGUUGGAAGACCCUUGGAUCGUCUAAUAUUACCAGCUUUAACGAUCCACACUCUCGUAUGAUGGCCAAAUAUAAAGAAGCUCCAAACUGGUGGUUCUACAUCAUCUUGUUGAUUUCCUUGAUGUUUGGUAUUAUUUGUGUUAAGGCUUAUCCUGCUAACACUCCUGUCUGGGGUAUUUUCUUCACCAUUGCUAUCAACUAUGUGUUCAUUAUCCCAUUGACUAUCAUCUAUGCGGUUACCGGGUUCUCUUUUGGUUUGAACGUCCUUGUUGAAUUGAUCAUUGGUUACGCUAUCCCAGGUAACGGUGAUGCCCUCAUGACUUUGAAAGCCCUUGGUUACAAUAUUGGUGGUCAAGCCGAAAACUAUAUUUCUGAUCAAAAGAUGGCUCAUUACGCCAAGAUUCCUCCAAGAGCCAUUUUCAGAGGUCAGCUUGUUGCCACCCUUUUGCAAGUCCUCGUCGCAUUGUUGACAAUCAACUGGGAAAUGAGCAGUGUGAAAGAUAUUUGUACUCCGGAUCAACCAAAUAAGUUUUCUUGUCCAAGUGAAAAUACUUUCUACGCUGCCAGUGUUUUAUGGGGUGUCAUUGGACCAAAGAGAGUGUUCAAUCAAUUGUAUCCUAUUCUUCAAUGGUGUUUCUUGAUAGGGGCACUUCUUGCUGUGGUUUGUAUCGUUAUCAAGAAAAAGUUCAAGACCUAUUGCAAAAAGUUCCAACCUGUUGUCAUCAUUGGUGGUAUGUUGAAUUUUGCUCCUUACAACCUUACCUACUAUCUUCCAGGUUUCUACUUUGGUUACGUCUUUAACCAUUACAUCAAGAAAAGAUAUUCUGCCUGGUGGGGUAAGUACAAUUAUAUUUUGUCAUCUGCCUUGGAUGCCGGGGUUGCAUUUUCCGCUAUUAUCAUCUUCUUUGCCGUUCAAUACCAUGAAGUUGAUAUUAACUGGUGGGGAAACAAUGUGAUGUACGAAGGUGUUGAUGGUGGUGCUGGCCAAGUUUCCUUGAAGGACCCAACCACCGCCCCAGAUGGCUACUUUGGAUUGCGUGUUGGCCAAUACUAG